AUGUCUUCAGACGACAAGAUCAACACCGCAUACAACAUUGACAUCAAAGCCCAAGACCANAGCCCCUCCGCCGGUCUCGACAGCAAACUCGACCCACCCGCCAACUGGACCCAACUCGAGUUCUGGGACGACGACGAAAACCCUCACCUGGAAGAAUACGAAGGCAGAGGUCUACUCAAAAACAAAACCGUACUCAUCACUGGUGGCGACUCUGGCAUCGGUCGCUCAGUCGCUAUCCUAAUGGCCAGAGAAGGCGCAGAUAUCACCAUCUGCUAUCUACCUGAAGAGCAGGAAGAUGCAGAUUGGACGCUCGAGCAGAUCAANAAGGCCGGUCGCAAGGGCCAUGGUAUAGCGCUUAACCUGCGUGACGACGGUAGCUGCAANAAAGCUGUCGAGGAGCACAUCCAAGUCCACGGUAAAAUCAACGUUCUCGUCAACAAUGCAAGUAUGCAAGAAGUCUGCGAAGAGCACGCCGACAUCGACAUGGAAGUCGUGCAAAAGACCUUCCAAACCAACAUCAUUCAAAUGAUGGCGAUGAGCAAGUAUGCCCUCAAACACAUGAAGAGAGGCGCAUCGAUCAUCAACUCGUGCUCUGUGGCCGGUUACAUGGGCAACCCCUCCAUGGUCGAUUACUCCUCAACCAAAGGCGCCAUUGCCUCUUUCACUCGCUCUCUCGCUCAGCAGCAAGCCCCCAAGGGCAUCCGUGUCAAUGCCGUCGCUCCUGGUAUCAUCUGGACUCCGCUCCAGGCAGCCACCAAGGGCAACCCUCCAGAAGCUCUUCGCAGAAUUGGUGUCGCCGAGGCGCCUAUGCGUCGUCCUGGUAUGCCUGUUGAAGUUGCAACAGCCUAUGUCUUCCUUGCCAGCCCUUAUGGAAGUUACUUUACUGGCGAGGCGCUGCACGGUACCGGGGGCCUGGAGGUCCAGGGGUAA